AUGGGCUUGCUAGUUAAUGGCCAAUGGGUCGAUCAAUGGUAUGACACUUCUUCAACUGGAGGAAAAUUUGUAAGGCAAGCAUCGCAAUUCAGAAACUUCAUUACCCGUGAUGGAAGCAGUGGCUUUAAAGGGGUUGAAGGGAGGUAUCACCUCUAUGUUUCUUAUGCUUGCCCUUGGGCACAUCGCACAUUGAUUAUGAGAAAUCUCAAAGGCCUUCAGCAUGCAAUUUCUGUCUCUGUUGUCAAUCCACUUAUGUAUGAAAAUGGGUGGACUUUUGGCAACUUUGAAGGAAGCACUGAAGACCAUCUAAAUAAUAGCUCAUACCUGUAUGAGGUUUAUCUUACCUCAAGAGGUUUUUGCCAAAGUUUUCAAUAGUAAAUUCAAUAUAAGUAGAUUGAAAUUGGUUAUUAUUGGGCGGGUUUCAGUUCAUAUGCUAAGAGUGCGAAUUUGGCAUUUAACCCCAAUAAUCCAAAUUCCAUCUAUUUAUAUAAAAUUUACUAUUUAAAAAUUUAGACAACCCCUCCACGAAUAAUCAAGAAAUUGCUUAUUACUGGGAGAUUUAGAGCCAAAUCUGACUAUACGGGAAGAGUCACUGUGCCAGUUCUCUGGGAUAAACUAUCUCAAACAGCAGUAUCAAAUGAGUCCGCAGAAAUUAUCCUCAUGUUCAACAGUGAGUUUGACUGUGCCAAUGACAACGAUUACUAUCCUAUUGAUAAAAAACAAGAAAUUGACGAAACAAAUACAUUUGUCUACGACAAGAUCAACAAUGGAGUUUAUAAAGCAGGGUUCGCAACCACUCAAGAAGCUUAUGAAGAAGCUGUAAAAGAGCUGUUUUGUGCUUUGGAUCAUAUUGAUCAGAAACUUGAAAACCAGAGAUACUUAGUCGGCAAUACUCUAACUGUAGCAGACAUCAGACUCUUUACAACCUUGGUAAGAUUCGACCCAGUCUAUGUUGGCCAUUUUAAAUGCAAUUUGCAGAGAAUUGAAGAGUAUAAGAAUUUGUCCAACUAUUUGAGAGAUAUAUAUCAGAUACCAGGGGUCAGCGAGACUGUUAAUUUCGAUCAUAUUAAAAAUCACUAUUAUAAGAGCCAUAAAACAAUAAACCCAACUGGAGUCGUUCCAUUUGGACCAAGAGUUGACUAUAUGAGACCUCAUGAUAGAGACCGCUUUAAUAGAGUUGAAAAAGAGGAGGAUGAAGAUAUGAGCGGCUUGUUUGGCUAA